AUGGAGAUGGGUGAGAGGAAGAUAACACCGAGAAGGAGAAAGCCCAUCAAGAAAAGCUAUAUAAAUGAGGGCGCGCAGCUCGGUGCUGUUUUCUGAUUUGAUUACUUUUCAACCUCGUGGUCGCUGCGGUUUGAUUGCUAAAGAUAUUAUGUAAAAACAUUUAUGAAGUUGCAGGCCCUUCGAGUUUCUUUAUCUGACUUCAUUUUUGGUGACCUGCUCCUUGUCGCAACGACUUACUUUCACUCGUCAUCCCUCAGGGUGGCUCUCGCGUGAAUCUUCAGCACUCGGAUUUCUAUUGUGCAGCAAUCCCUUCGUCUGUGGUGAUUUCUCCUGCUGCGUUCCAGCAUCUACGACCGACCAUUCUUUCUUAUGACCCGAGCGGAUAAAGCAACUUUUUUAAGUGAUAAGACCUCAAUUCCUUUUUUCUGAGGCAAAAAGGACAACGCCGCAGGUCUCAGCUGGAGAAGAGCAGCCGCGUCGUGGGUCGAUUUUUAUACUUCAUAAUAUUGCGCCCACCAGAUGCAGUUUUCUUCCAUACUAAAAAUCCGGACGUGCGCAAGUGUGUCUGGCGUCUUAUGAUCCUGAAAAUCUCGCAGUACAUCGGUGGAGUUUGAAGAAGUUACGAUCAAGUGAGGCCGUGCUCAAAACCAUGGAUCUAAAGAUCGCAAACACCUGGAAGAGGUCCAAAGAUCACCGUGAAGAUCUGGCAGCAUCGUUCUAUAUCUUUUAUAGAUCUACCCCUCCCGCUCCUCUUCUUUUCCUCCCUUUGUAUAUAUAUAUAUAAGUAUCUUUUUUUUUCAUUUUUUUAAAUAUCUUUUUUCAUUUUUUUAACGACCUCAAAAUCAUAACAUAAAAAAAAACCGAAUCCAACCACGAUCUUACAAGCAUGGAUUGCCAUCGCCUUCAUUUUUGAUUGAGAUAUCUGCUGCAUUUUUGUCAAAUUGUGAAAGAAAGCUUUGCCGCCGCAUCAAUCUGCAGACGGACGGGCCACAUUCUUCGACGGGGACCUUGAGAAAAUUUGGAGGCUUGUGAUCUCUUAGCUAUUGUUUGGGGCGUUUGAUACAUACAUAGGCACAUAGUUAGACACACUCACAGGCACACUCAUUCACGCACUGCCGCUGACUCAUACACACGCCGCCCGGGAGGUUGGUAGGUCGGUGGGUAGGCUGUCUGGUGGAAGGAUGGGCGCGCGCCUACAUUCGUAGACACAUAGUCACGCACAUAGCUACCUAGGCCGAGCAAGAGCGCGCCCCCACUGAUUAACUGCCAGGGAGGCCGCUGGAUACACAGUGCGAGUGCCGGGUGGGUGCCAGGCAGGGAGACCGCAGCGCAGACAGACACGCGCUUUCUUACAUAGAUACACCCACACAGAGACGCGCACUCACGUCGAAGGGACGGAGACUAGCCGUCCGCCUCCCUGCCUCACUUUCGUCCCUGCACUCUUUCGCACGCUCUUAGUUACUUAGUUUGCUAGAUACAUAGUUCGACACCCUCGCACGUAGAUCAAUCUGGCUAGCUAUCCGGCAGACGUAGACUCUAGGCCAUGAAUUUGCACGUGUUCACUUUCAUAGAUCCGACAGAUUUAUCAGGUGCAUAACAUAGCUACGCGCGGCACCUAGCUACCUAGACCGACCGGCGCGCGGGUCGUUCCCUGGCUGGGCCCAUCGGCGGGCCGCGUGCGCC